AUGGCGGAGCAAACGAGGCGAUCUCUCCUGUUCUCCACCUGCUCACUCCUGAUGGCCGCCCUCUUCGCUUACUCCGCCUCAGUUCAGCUGGACGACCCAGGUAAGCAGCUUCUGAUACCCACGCCGAGGGAGAGAGAGAGAGAGAGAGAGAGAGAGACAGAAGAGAAGGAAAGAUCAUCAGAUCCGAAGCAACCUUUUUUCUUCCAUCAGAUUGGUAUCUCUGGCUUCCCCUCUACGCCGUUGCCUCCGCCGUCAAUCUCCUCCAGAUCGGGACCACGGUCAAAUCCGUUCAGUCGGUGGCGCGGUUGACCCUUCUGAUCGGAGGAGCGCUCUUCCUGAAGGUCGCCGUGGAGGGAUACGCCCACGGGACGGCGGGAGUCUGGUCCCUGGACAUGCGCGAGAGGGUCGUCAGGGAGAAGCUCGGCAGCGCUCUGGUCACCGUCUCUAUGCUCCUCCACUUAGAACCCUUGCCGCCCAUCUCUGAAGAGAAGCCCACCGCCAGAAGAUGCGUGGACUACGGUGCGCUGCUUCUUCUUCUUCUUCUUCUUCUUCUUCUUCUCAUUCUUCUUCUUCUUCUUCUUCCCCUCCGGAUUGACAGGGAUGGCUUCGGCGGUGGCCGUGAGCUUGGGGCUCUGCAUCCGCUUCUUCAUGGUGGAUAAACGAGAUAUGAGGAAGUAG